AUGCUCAGUCACAGGGUGACAGAAAAAAAAGUCACCACCAUAAAAGGAUGUCUGCACAGUCUCUCUUAAAACAACAUGCCACAGUUAACUUACUUCAGUUUGGGCAAACACUGACAGCUACUACAGAGAGAACUGAAAAACUCACUGAAAUAGACCCUGAGCACCACCAGCGGAUAUAAAAUGGCUGACAAUCUCACUACGCCGUCUACGACUCCUCAGGGAGAUUACUGUGAUCUCUAUGCACACCACAACACCGCCAAGGUGUUAAUGCCUCUGCAUUACAGCCUUGUCUUCAUCAUUGGGCUUGUAGGAAACUUGUUAGCCUUGGUUGUCAUUGUUCAAAACAGGAAAAAAAUUAACUCUACGACCCUCUAUUCAACAAAUUUGGUGAUUUCUGAUAUACUUUUUACCACCGCUUUGCCUACGCGGAUAGCCUACUAUGCCAUGGGCUUUGACUGGAGAAUCGGUGACGCUUUGUGCAGGAUAACUGCUCUACUGUUUUACAUCAACACAUAUGCAGGUGUGAACUUUAUGACCUGCCUGAGUGUUGACCGCUUCUUUGCUGUGGUGCACCCUCUACGCUACAACAAGAUGAAAAGGAUUGAGUAUGCAAAAGGUGUGUGCAUAUUUGUCUGGAUUCUAGUAUUUGCGCAAACACUCCCACUCCUCAUCAACCCUAUGUCAAAGCAGGAGGCUGAACGGAUUACAUGCAUGGAAUAUCCAAACUUUGAAGGAAUAAAAUUUCUUCCCUGGAUUCUGCUUGGUGCAUGUUUCAUAGGAUAUGUGAUUCCACUCAUGAUCAUUCUCAUCUGCUACUCUCAAAUAUGCUGCAAACUCUUUAAAACUGCCAAACAAAACCCACUAUCUGAGAAAUCUGGUAUAAACAAAAAGGCUCUCAACACAAUUAUUUUUAUCAUUGUUGUGUUUGUUCUCUGUUUCACACCAUACCAUGUUGCAAUUAUUCAACAUAUGAUUAAAAAGCUUUAUUUUCCUGAUGUGAUAUGUAGCCAAAGAUAUUCCUUCCAGAUUUCUCUGCAUUUUACAGUAUGCCUGAUGAACUUCAAUUGCUGCAUGGACCCUUUUAUAUAUUUCUUUGCAUGUAAAGGGUAUAAGAGAAAGAUUAUGAAGAUGCUGAAACGUCAAGUCAGUGUAUCAGUUUCCAGUGCUGUGAAGUCAGCCCCUGAAGAAAACUCACGUGAAAUGACCGAAACGCAGAUGAUGAUACAUUCCAAGUCUUUAAAUGGAAAGUAAAAAGGAUUAUACCUUGGAUUCAUGGCAAAGUAAACUGCAUGAAAAACUUUGCAGGUAAAAUGAUUGUUCAACUUGAAUUCAGAUUCUUUUAAAUCUCUUUCAUUAGGCACUUUCCCACCUCCAACUUAGAAGUAAGCUCAAGAGAACAACAUAA